AUGACUUGGGAUCUUGGCGAGUGGACCGACGACACGGCCAUGGCAAUUCCAAUCCUCGACGAGCUCGCUGCGGGCAACGACGUGCGCACACCCGAGUCACAGGGCCGCAUCGUGCGCCGGUGGGUCGAGUGGCAUGAAGGCGCCAAGGACGUCGGCAUCCAGACCCGUGCCGUCCUCUCGCGUGUCAAGGGCCAGGCUGCUCAACGAUACGGCGACAUCUACAAGACUCCCGACGCCGAGCUGGCCAAGAUCUCCCGCGACGCCGCUGCCUUGGUUCAUCACAGCCGUGGCCACUCGGGCGGCAACGGCAGCCUGAUGCGUACGUCGCCCAUUGCCAUCGGCUACCUCAACGACACGCAAGCGCUCGUCGAGGCCGCACGGGCCGUGAGCGAGCUCACCCACCUGGAAGAGGACGCCGGCGACGGGUGUGUCAUCUGGUGCCUCGCGAUACGCCACGCAGUGGUGACAGGUCAACUCGACGUGCGUAUCGGCCUUACGGCUCUCGACCCGGAGCGUAGAGCACUUUGGGCUGGCCGCAUCGACCACGCCGAGACGGUGCGUCCAAGCGAGAUUGAGAACAACGGCUGGGUCGUCGCGGCGCUCCAAGCUUCGGUUUCAGCCAUCAAGCGUGGUCAAGGUCUGCAAGAUACACUCGAGGAGGCAGUGCGCGCCGGAUACGACACGGACACAGUCGCUGCCAUCACUGGACAGCUGUCCGGCGCCCAGUGGGGAGCCUCUGCCGUCCCUGCAGAGUGGGCACGCGCACUGCACGGCUGGCCGGGCGUCACUGGCAAGUAUUUGGUGGACAAGGCCGAAAAACUUGUGCCAUGA